CCCAGCGAUUGGCCGCGGCUGCUGUGUGAUUGAGCCCGAAUGGCGGCACUAUUGGCCCCCUGAGCUGCAGACUGCGCUGGGGGCGGGUCAGUCUAUGGCUGUGAAGCUACAGAACAGAGAUUGAUACAUACGGAGGAGCAGGGAUACGUGUGGAUGUGGCUGCAUUACUGAAGCGUGACUACCUGCUAUUCUGGGAGCUGCUACUGAGCUACAAGAAAGAACAGGGUCGUGAAAUGAAGAAAGAAAGCUGUUUUCCUGAGAAAUAAAAAGAAAUUAAAGGAUUAUUUAGAAAUAAAGGUGACAGACACAGCUAGCUUAUUCCACUUCACGACAGAAUGAUGAGUAAACUAGAGGACAAGAAGGAGCAGAUGAUACCAUGAAGAGAAGUUCACAGGCCCUCUGUUGCCAUCUGUUUAGUGUUCUACUUGUCCUGGCACUGGCAGAUAAAGAUACAUUUGCUGCAAAGGAGUUAUUUCCCACUUUGCCAUCUUACCAGUUUCUGAAAGAAACGACCAUGAAUGCUGCAAUGGUGAGGCCAACUCACAGUUUUGAUCUUGUACGUAAAUUGAGAAAGUCUGGAACUUGGCAGUCUCAGAAGUCAAUGCCAACCUUGGUAACGCCACUUCCUAACAGUCAGGAUGUUACACAUUCAGGAAAUAUCUACAAUGAGAGGAAUGUAUUUCAGAAAGUCACAGCUGACUUCUCAGAAUCCUUAGAACCUUACCUCAAAACAGAACAUUCUAGUGUUCCUGUGAGAACUGCAUCAACUAAUGAUAAUAGCAGUGGCUCUGUGCUUGCUUUCCUUAAAGACACUUUUAUUCGUGGUGGUAGGUUGCAGGGCCUUAGCCAAGAGGAGCUUAUGGGUGGAGGUUUGCCAACCUCAGCAAGUGACGUGUCAGUCAACACUGAAGUCGUGUCUGUGCCUUUCAAACGCAACUACUUUAAAUUAUGGGAUGUAUUAAACAGAAAUAGCUCAUUGAUCUCUAUAAGGCAAAUAAAGAAUGGAACUACUUUGGCAGAAAGUGGUGCCUCAUCCCAUCCUGAAAAGACUUUCACUGAUGCCUGGAUCCCAACUGAUGAACCAGAGUUCUAUAAGGAUAUUAGUAUCAAACCACAUGGUGUUUCAAACAAAGAUUCUACACUGGACAAGAUUCCACCAACAGAUAUAAGUCCCAUGGUUUCUGUUACCAUCUCCACAGCUGCCUACACAGCAACAGGAAAUUUUCUUAAUAGGCUGGUGCCUGCUGGAACAUGGAAACCUGGGGUGCCUGGUAAUAUUUCACAUGUAACAGAAGAAGGCAGUCAUCCUCAGCACAAAGAGACUAUAUGCCUUGGCAAAAUGGAUAUCGUAUGGAUCUUUCUGGCCAUCAGUGUGCCAAUAUCUUCUUGUUCUGUGCUACUGACCGUGUGCUGUAUGAGGCGGAAGAAGAAGGCCUCUAAUCCAGAGAAUAACCUAAGCUACUGGAACAAUGCAAUAACCAUGGACUACUUUAACAAACAUGCUGUGGAGCUACCUCGAGAGAUUCAGUCCCUGGAAACCUCAGAGGACCAUCUUUCAGAGCCUCGCUCACCAGCCAAUGGAGAUUACCGAAAUAGUGGAAUGGUUCUUGUCAACCCAUUUUGUCAGGAAACACUCUUCUCUGCACAUGAGCAAGUUUCUGAAAUAUGAACAUGACUGUGCCAGGAGGGAUUUUUUCAUUUGGUUGCUUACAUAACUGAAUUAGAAUGAAGAUACAACAUCUGGUAGUUGAUCCUUAGGAGUAUGGUCAGAUAAUAGGUUGUUGAACUGACUUGAGCUGACUUCACUGCAUCUGGAAAAUCUAUCUUUCUGGCAGAUUUCUGUAACCACUGACAUAUAUAUUAUAAAUAUGCUUUGUGUAGCCCCUUUACCCCUCUUCAGACCUUUUCAGCUUGUUUACGAAAUGUCAUCUUUUUACAAUUGUGGUAAUACUUUACAGGAUAAAUUGUGGCUUUAUAAAUAAACUUAUUUAUAUGUAAAAAAAAAUAAUCUGUUUUG